AUGCAGCUCAUCUCUUCUCCACAACCUUUCUUCUUUCUACCGAUAAGUACGGCAAGAACCAACGACUCGAUACCGAGACUUCCCAGCCAGCCUGAGACGACCGCCCUCGAAAGUGCCGUCACUUCUCUGUCUGAUCAACAUGUCGUUGAACUUGCUGCUCAACAACCCCGACGCAACCUUCGAGCACGAAAAGCCAUCCAGAUAAAUCCUUACGCCCUCGAGAUUGAAGAAUAUCGUCGCAGACUCAGAGCUGUUGGCGUGAGACCCAUUCAAAUUGCCACCAACAGCCAGCGACCAAGAGACCAAGAUGAUUCCCAGGAUGCCGAGUUUCGUCAGGAAGAGAGUCAGCCCCGACGUCGUCCACCAGAGCAUACGCAGGAGUCGACUCCGCCAGAAUCUUCUGCUUCAUCCACCCACAGUCAACCGCCACCUCUUGACUUGUCCAACCUUGUCGGUGAUGACGAAGACGAGUUUCCUGACCUCGAUACCAUCCGUCGCCGUGUCAAUGGUGCUAUCCAGAUUCGUAACAAGCGCCGCAAGACCCUUGAGACUCCUCACACCGAUCUAAAUGGACAUAUUUUACCUUCGUCCACAUCAAGAGCCAGAGGAAGGUUAAAGUCCCUGAACCUGAAUCGCGUCCAUUCAAUCACGAACGGAUCACUCAACCAAGACUUACUGCCACUUUCACCUCCACGCACAUCAAGCCCAGCGAAUGCUGAACCCACACCUGCCGCCGCUCCUCGCUUCAGGCUUCCGCACGGCCUUAAUCCCGCAGCUGUACCUACCCCGAUCCCUUCAUCUCCCGAGCUGCCGGCCUCCACAUCAGUCAGGCGUCCUCGCCAAGUAGUUAUAUCGUCCGAUGAUGAUGAUGAUGCUGCGAGUCGUCACCAUGCUGGUGUGAGGCUCAGCUCUUCCUCAGAAUCAGAUCAGGAAAACAGACAAUUGAUGCGCAUGCGACGAAAGAUCAGGGGUGUGCUGCCUGCUUCUUACCUCAAGCUUGACAGACAGGUCAGACAGCCGUCACCUUCGGUUGCCCCUUCCGAAGUCCAAAUGGAGACACCACGACCAACAGCUCAUGUUAGGGGUGUUGCUCAACGAAGGGUGACAAGCACUUCUGCCACACCAGCUCGUCAAAACAGCUGUGUGAUAUUCUCUGACAAUUCCGACUCCGACGGUUCGAUUACAGAACUUCCAGCUCCUCGUCUGCUUCAAACCAGACUGCCUUCACCAUUUACUGGACGCCCAUCAGGUCGACCUUUCGAGACCUUGGAGAUUGACGAACCCGAUGAGAUUGACGAUAUGUUUCCAACUAGUGGAAGGAAUCAUUUCAGAUUACCCGGAAGCAAGAGACAGUCCAAGCUCCCAGCCACAUUUACGCGUACCAAGUCCUCUUCGGGACAGGAUCAUACUGGUCAGAAACGGAAAGCCACUGGUGAUUCUUCAGCCCGAAAGUCUACGUCGCACCACAAGCCAAGCACGAACGUGAAGAGAAAGACAGCUGCGAAGAAGCCUAAGCCAGUCCGGCUGAGUAUCUUGGAUGCCACCACCUCCACUGAACCAAAAUCGCCACGGGCAGUACCAAGACCUCAGUUUGUGCGUCUUGCUGCCCGCCAGGCUCGUAAACGAUCUGAUCACGGCAGACACAGCCCGACCAACAAGGAGAUCCGUCUUGCCACAAGAGAAGACACACAAGAUGCUCUCGAACCGUUAUUGUCGUGGCGAGCAGGCAACUUGAAUCGCAGUUGGGUNCCCCCACCUCAAGAUGCACAAUCCGUCGGCAGUAUCCGCAACGAUGGAAGACUACGAGAGACUGAAGUGCCUAAUGGGCCAGAAGGCUCAGUUGCAACGAGUGGUCCAAAGCACCGAAGACCUGGACAACCACGACCUCUUGUGAGUGCAAGGCGGAGACAGUUGCAACAGCUACAAGAGGGAGGCAGUGACGCGCGAAAGCGUACCGCUCCAAAUCUACUUCGAGCAAACCAACUGAAAUUGCUCGAACGUGAUCAUCGCAUGCGGCCAGCUCAGCUAGAGAGCGUAGCUCAAGCCACACAUCGUGAUCUUGAUCCGCUUACCUACGCUGCACCUCCAUCCCGUCUGAUGGAGAUCUUUGCUCGAGAUAGACGAGACGAGCCAGCCUCCAAAUUCCGACUCGAGCGCUUCCUCAAAGACAAGGAUGAUUCUCCAGAAGCCCCUACUCCGGAUCAGAUGCAGGAACAGGAUACAAACAUGAUAGGCACUGACAAUGUCUCCCCGCAUUCACGAGCUCGCAAAAGACUGGCUCGACGGUUCGACGUUGAGACAACUAGAUUUCGCCAGCCAAACGAGCCCUUACCUGUUGAUGUUCCUUCCAUCUCUGCCCAAGAUCCAGAGACUGUUCAUACAGAUGGUAUACCUAAGAGUGAGGUACUGCAAGGCUUGGGUCCUUUUGGCACUCGAUAUCCUGCAGACUUCGACGUCAGACCGCUCGAGAUCGGUACCUACUUUGCUACCAGCACAUUUGUGGGUAGCGGAGACUUCAAUGAUAGCCUGACAUUACGCAAGCGCGACCUCGAUGUACCUGCUGGCCGGAUAACCGUAGAAGUAGCUGGUCGCUCGUUGCACUGGAGUGCAUGGAACGAAGAUGUCUCUGCUGGUCUUGGUCUCAUACUCACAGCUUGCACGGAAGAUCUACACGCUGUCGGCGAGUUCGAAACUACAGACAUGCGACGAACGGCCAUCGAGGAUACCACCGCACGUUUCAACUAUUUCUUACGAUCUGUUGUGAGAUAUCUCUCAGGUUGUCUUCACUUUCUGGACCCUAUCGAUCAGUCCUCAUGCUUGAGCCGCCUCUCCCGCUUUGUCGAUGAGUUCGUAGACAUGGUCGAAGUGGAGACGAUUGUUCUCAACCCUCACUCAGACAUACGGACUCAUGUCGACAGACUUGUAGUCGACUCACUUUUAUACUUGCUCUGUGUUACUGUACAAUCUGUAUGUAUUUCGCAACAUCCUGCCACUGAGCUCAGGCUACAGACGCUUCUUGUGGAGAAGUGUGUUCGUUUGAGCACGAAAGUCAUCGCUGCAGCGCUACCCUCGAGACUCACCGCAGUCCGUGAGUUCCUGGAAACACAUCGUGAGCACGCUCAUCGUGACUCUGGAAUCCAGGAGCAAGACAUCACUAUCAAGAGCCUUGUGAUUGUCAACCAUGCGCUUACCACUGCUAAUGCAUCAGUCAAGCUUUCUGAAAUCAUCAGCACACAUCAAAUUCGUGCAAUUAGCACGAUCUGCAACAUUCACUCCCUUGACCAGAUAUGGUAUGAUGCAUUCUCUAUACAGCCUCUCCUUGAGAUUGAUGCAAAAGGCAUAUUUCGCCUACGAAGCAGGUUUCAGGCGACCAACGACAAUUGGAACCUGGUAAAAAUGCUGUUGCAACGAACCUUUGAGUUUUAUCCAGCAACUAGCAAGGCGCGCACUCCAAUGCUGAACGACUAUCUACGAGCAUGUCUGACCAGAGUGUAUCAUCUGAUCACACGUUGGGGCUGGCAGAGGUGUGAGCCUGCGCUGGGAACAAUAUACGACUUCUUUGCUGGUAACAAUCUCUCGCAACUCCACAAGGAAGAGGGUAAAGGUUCACCACGCUUUCUCAAAGAUCUUGACAAAGAUCCGACAAUCGAGCUCGAAACGUCUGAUUGUGCCUUUCAUAUAUUCCUCAAGCUGCUUGUGGUUGGGUUACGAGGCUUGCAAGAAAUCUUACCUAAGAACAAAGUCCGAGGCUUCGCAUGGAGAUUUAUCCCCAACCAUGGCCGUACCUAUCGGAAAGAGCAAGAGGUCACUCAUGUCGCACUCACUGCCUUGCGCAAUCAUCAUGACUUGCUAUGCACGCUUUACUGGGUUAUGCCGUCUGGUUGUGGACCUCGAUUGCAGAUGAUCAAAGAUUUAGUCGACCACGACAACUCGCAUCGAGAAGCUUGUCGGCUGAGCGUGCACGCCUGGGGUAUGAUCGCUCGUUACCAACUCUCGCAAGCUGAACCGUUCAACGAUGAGGAUAUUUUGGCCUCAUGGUACAAAGACAUGAUUUCGACCACCAUAUCUCAAUAUCGACUUGCCAGGUCUGAGGCAGAAGCACAAUACGCUGCUGCGAGAUCUAGAGGGCCGACGGAGAUCUCACCCGAGAUGCUCGAGAUGACCAUUACAACCAACCAACGAAGCAUUUUUGCCAUUCUGCAAGAUCUGCUCUUAGCAAUGCGUAAUGCUGUCAAGAUCGCCAAGUCAUGGUCCAAAGUUCGCAAUAUUGUCGAGCAGUCGAACUUGAUUGAAGUGCUGAAGCUCUUCGAUACGGAUCAGCCCAGGCUCUCCGUCGCCAUCGUACAGACACUAGAUAUUGUUGAUGAAUUGCUUGUAGCCAAGAGCAGGCUCUCCAAGCCCUUGCAGCAAGAGAGUCAACCGGGCAGUGACGACAGCCAGGACUAUGGUGAUUGGUCUUUCAUGGAACAAGUCAUGGAAGAGCCAGAAAGUUCGGAGCCGAAGACAUCAGAAGUGGCAUUCCUGCAAGAAUCUAUUGGUUCACUUCUUUCGACAUGCUUCGGUUCGGAGAAAAGUCCUGAUGAUGCGCUUCUCAAGAAGGUUGUUGAUGUUUGGACCGCCACUGCUCAACACUUGAUCAAAGACAAUGUUCUUGACUGGUCGAGCUUCUUGGACGUCUACAGCACAACUUCAUGGUUCCAGCUUCGAGAGACGGAGCAAAGGUACAAGUACACUUGCUACUUCCUGGCAUCUGUCAUCAAAAGCGACAAGUCAAGUCUUACCAACCAUCGAAUCCUCUUCAUAAAAGCUUGGUUCGUGUCGUUGUUUGAGCGUGAAUCGAUGCUUAAAUUUCAACACCGUCUUACAGCGAGUCUGUUGGAAAAAGCGACCUUGGAGCCACUGUUGCAAAAUCUGCCGUUCGCCACUGACCACGAAACUGGCGAGUACCGUAUGACCAUGGCCGAGUUCCGUCAAAUGCGGAUCAGUCUCAUUGGCAGCGUGUUGUCGAACAUGCAUACUCUUCUCAAUUCCGUUCAUUCUUCGACAUCGUCAGAAAGCAAAAGAGAGUAUGUUGACAUGCUCAAGGCUGCCAUGCAACAUAUGCGAGGCACCUACGAACAACUGCAGAACAUGUCUGGUCGACUCGGUGGAUCCUCUUGUGACAAUGUCAAAGGAGCUUACGUCGAGUUUGUCCAAUCGAUCAUUUCCCUCAUGCAGCAAUACACGUCGGAUAUCUGUCCCAUCGACUCCUUCUUUGAGGACUCUGCCGCUUUCCCACUUCCUCUGGACGACCCAACAUAUGUCAAAGCAAAGCUCAAGAGCUACGAUUUGAAACUGCAAGACAGUCGCGCACGUAAACAGCUUGCUGUAUUUGUGCAGACAGUCAGUGAGCGCGCAGCUUCGGAGAACCAGCAACCAUAUCUAAUCAAACAGAUGCAUGAUGCUCUUACCGGGAAUGCAUCAAGAGGUCUAAGGAGCGUGGUACUGACGGCUUUGCUACCGGCAUAUAUUGAAUGUUCGAGUACCUCGACUCAAGGCUGGUACUUGGCCACGCCGCUUAUUGAAGCCAGUAGCAUGGUUGUCUAUGACAUGAUCUUCGAUCUGGAUAUCAUCGAUCAGACAGGUACGGGAACGGACGUUGAUGCCAUCACUUCUGUCCUCGCAACAGCGUACCGCUUCGCUGUGUCAAUCUCAUAUUUGCCAACGUCGCGUGACAUCGGGUCUCUACGUCUUCUAGUAGCAAUCUUUGGCCUAGUCGACCAAGCUCUCACGUUUCUCGAAUACGUCCACCGCAUUACCGGCAAGGCAGGUGAUGCCAUGGAGCUGCUCCAUCGUUUCAUAGCAUUUGGAGAAGAGUUCAGUGCUCGAAUUAUCGCACCUACCAUUCCUCUUCCGGACCUAGACUCACUAAUGAUACCAGACGCGCCAAUGCUCGAUAGUGUACAUUGUACUUGGCAGGACACGCUUGAGUUUGCCACACGGCACCUCUUAGAGUCAUUCGCAAGAACACCGUCACGAAGCUGGGAGAUGAAUCUCGAAAGCGUAGAAAAUGAGAGUAUGAGGGUUGUGGCUGCUAUAGAGUUGUUCAGACGUAGCUACAACGUCGUCGUGUGUCACGGAAAGAACAUUGUCGUGCAGAGUGCUGCUGAUGGAGAUGAAAGCGANGGGGAUGAGGAAGCGGAAGAAGAGGAGCAAGAGAUCGAGAGGCAAGGACUUGAUGAUAUGAUGAUCGGGAUGCAAGGGUUGGGCUGGGGAGGCUUGGUGUGA